AUGGCGACGAAUGUGACGGUGGAGAUCGAGGCGGAGGAAAUGGAUGAGGGUCUGAGUUUGAUGGAGGAUUUGAAGUCGGGAGGUUUGAAUAUCAGUAGGCACACGAAAAUGCCAGGAAGGGUCAAAAUAGUUGGUUUCAUCAAGAAAAGGACAGUUGAAGAGAAUUUUGACCUUCUCGAUUUAGAGCAAGCAAAAGCCGGAUUGGCUCAAUAUAAUCCUUUUGUGUUGAACAAGACUAUUGCUGAAGCCUAUGAAGCUGUUGUUGAUGUGCUUGGAGAGAGUGGUUUAAUGGUGAUUGCCGACAACCAUAUGAGUCAGCCAAGAUGGUGUUGCUCCCUUGACGAUGGCAAUGGAUUUUUUGGAGACCGCUAUUUUGACCCUCAAGAAUGGCUACAAGGUCUUAGCUUAGUUGCUCAACGCUUUUCCAAGAAACCAACGAUGGUUGGAAUGAGCCUACGAAACGAGAUACGAGGAACCAAUGAAAAUGCAAAUGAUUGGAACAAUUAUGUUACUCAAGGAGUAACAACAAUCCACAACAUUAACCCAAAUGUUUUAGUGAUUGUUUCGGGCCUAAAUUUUGAUAAUGAUCUUCGAUGCUUAAAAGAGAAGCCCUUGAAUGCAAGCGCCUUAGACAACAAGUUGGUUUUUGAGGUGCACUUGUAUUCGUUCAGUGGAGAUGCAGAGACGAAUAUGGGUACGAUCAGAGAGAGGUUAACGAUGCAGAAAAUCGGUUCAUGA